CUAUUCCCCCCUCCCUCCCAUGUCUGAGCUGCGGGCCUAACUCUAGGCUGAAGGUUGGAGUGGUCCAAUGACCUGCCAGUCCUCCGAGUCCACAGAAAGCAUCGAGAGCGACAGACGAGCCGACAACAACGCGAGGGCUGUGGAAUCGGACGAGAGCCGCAUCGCGCUGGCCAUGAAGGACCUGAGGAACACAGGUUGGUACUGGGGCAGUCUGACGGCUAACGAGGCUAAAGAGAUCCUGCAGGACUCUUCUGAGGGGACCUUCCUGGUGCGGGACAGCUCUCAGAGGGAUUACCUGUUCACCAUCUCGGCCAUGACGUCCGCGGGUCCCACCAACCUGCGCAUCGAGUACAAACACGGGAAGUUCAAGCUGGACUCUGUGGUGCUGGUGAAGCCCAAGCUGAAGCAGUUUGACAGCGUGGUGCACCUGGUGGAGCACUACGUCCACCUGUCCCGCUCCACCGACAGGGCCGCCGCCGCCAACCCGCAGGCGUCCACGGCGGCGAACGGGACCGUGCAGCUGCUGCUCACCAAACCCGUGUACACGGCCACGCCUGCUCUGCAGCACCUCUGCCGCAUCACCAUUAACAGGAGGACUCGACGGGUUCAGGACCUGCCGCUGCCCAACAGACUGAAGGACUACCUGACGGACUACAGCUACCACGUGUAGGCAGGGAGUAGGACUCGCUGUGUGGCAUCCCAGCAUGCACUGCUCCCACACGUCGGAGCAGCCGCAGGAAUAAAAGCAGAUCCCGACUGCGCGGAGGACCGGCCCGUGCUGGUCUGAGGUCUGCGCUCCGACACGUCGCCUCCACACAUCGUCAGAUUAAAGCCGAGACUCUGAUCUGACGAGACGUUUAAGUGCUAACGGUUACAGGCGUAAACCGCGGCGCUACGAGUCGCAGAAAGGACGCGCUUCAGUCUGGAGCCGCAGCUGGAGAUCAAGUCAAUGAACUCUGUUUUUAAAAAUAUCCGUCUGUAGCUCCACACAGCCCAACAUGGUGUCUGAAACAUGGCGUCACGAUCCUCAAAUUCAAACUUAAAAAAAAACCAUGAAAUCGAGCAGCGCUACAGCGUGCUCUUUAUUUGUUGUUUGUAACCACGGCAACCAACAUUUGAUUUAAUGUCUCCAUUAGAACUCGACAGGUUUUUUUACUGGAUUCUUCAAACAUUUAAGUUUUUUUUUUUCCAUUUCUCAAUCACAAGCAGACCGAAGCAGUCGAUAUCGGAGCGAUCAGUCCGCGUGGUUAUGACACACGAGACGAAACAUUCAGGAGGGCGAUGAUGAUGAUGAUGAUGCAGUUUUAUGACUCUGAUUAAUUUAUUUUGUACGACAGAGACGUUUGUGUUGAGUCUUACUUUAAACUUUGUUCUGUUGAUCCGCGCUGCUGAAACAAACUAUUUAUAUUUCAGGAUAUUAAACUUUCUGGUCAAACAGUCGACGUCUCUGCACGCUGAGUCCGCUGCGUUUUUCUUUUUCUAUAAAUUUGCAGAACGAGAAAAACUGAAGUGAACCAGCUGUUGGAGCAGAUGUUUUCAGUCUGUUGUUUUGAUGAUUUCUUCUUCUAAUCGGCUAAAUAAUAAAACAAAUGAAAACAGAAAUGCUGUUCCUGAACUUUUGAAGACGGGUUUCCACUUUUCUCUUUAGCUGAUUUUUUUUUUAUUUCAGUUGAAGUCGAUCAAAUGUUUUUCUUUCAGGUGAUUGAAGCUCAAAUUUGCAUCUUUACAUCUGUUUUUUUUUUUUUAAAUCAAGAAAACAAAGUCCAUGUUGUCAAAGAAACAUGUUGAUAUUUAUUUAUUUAUUAUUUAUUUAAUUUGUCCAACCAAAAGUCCAGAAAGAUUUUUUCACUGAUCAUCAUUUAAAGACGAAUAAAAGCAGCAAAUGUUCAACCAAACAAGUGAAA